UUAGGUCGUCAAGGUGAAGCUUGGCAAGCUCCGGUGCAUAGACGACAAAUGGCGGCUCAGGCCAUCUCGCCGCAUGACAAGUGUUCAACAAAUGCAGAAACCAAAAGUAAGUUUUACUCCCCUAUAUGUAGGGAUAGGGGAUCGGUUAGGUCCGGCCAAAACUUAGUGGAGUAAAUAUACUCCAUUAAGGCUGGCCCCAAUGCAGAGAACUUCAGCAAGAACUUCGGGUCCAACUCAGUAAAAAUUCCUUCGUGGCAUUGAUUAAAUGAAGAGAGAGAGCUUUGGAGAAACUUAGCUAGUUCCGGUAACAUAGCGCUGCAUAUGAGAAAAAAUUAAUGCUAAUCGAUCCUGUGUGCGGCGGCCGGACGCAUCGCGAAGCAACCAAGAAAAUCCCCACCCGUGUGACUUUCUCUUCCUCCACGCCUGGGCCUCAUCCUUCUCCCUCCCUGCCGCCUUGGAGCUCCGGCGCCCCGCACUCCGUCUUGCCGGCCGGCGGCGGCUCUGGCAGGCGGCGCAAAGCCACCAGAUUCAUGGCCAAGUCCGGUGCCCGUAAGGACGCCGCGCAAGUCCGGCCAUCGGCCACCUCGCCGCCGCCGCAGCACUCCCCCGGCGCCACAGCAAGCUCGUUCGCCAGCCGCUCUCCACAGCUUCUCUUCUACCCCGGCGCCCCGACAAGAUCCUCGGCCAGCCCCUCGACACCGCCACACCUGUACCCGCCUCUCAUGGAAUCCUCCUCAGCCAACCCUACAUGGAGGCCGAUGUAUACCUCUGCACCUGAAGGCCUGCUAAGUUUUGGACAAUUACCGCCCAUGAAUCCUUACAAUUUUCAACCUCAGCCAAUGCACCAUCAUGAACAAGGAUACCAAAAUAUGGAGAAUUUGCACUUUGUUGGUGCUUCCCCACAUGAUCCCUUUUCAACACCACCGCCACCACCGCACUCUAAUGUUUCAUCUCAGUCUGCUCCCACCAAAGUUGAUUCAAAGAAAAAGAAAAGGAAGGUCAAGAGUGUAGAUGCCGACGAAUCGGGAGCAAGGACCGCAUAUCGUCUGCCCUAUACACCCGAGGAACAUGAGAGACUGGCAGGUGCUUGGCUGGAGUGUUCACUCAAUCCCAUUGAUGGGAACGGAAAGAAGUCUGAGCAGUUUUGGGAUGACAUUGCUGCUCUAUACAAUACUGCCACACCAAGUAACCGCAAAAGAGAUCGGAAUCAGCUCAAGACGGAAUGGCAAAGGACCAAGAAAAGGCUCGCCGCUUUCCACGGUGAGUGGAUUGCCGUUAUGGGAGUGUAUCAUAGUGGUCACAAUAGUCAUGACCUGCAAAAAAUGGCGUUGGAGAAGUAUGAACGGAACCAUCACCAGCCUUUCCAACAUUUAACUAUGUGGGAAAAAAUCAAGGAUGAUUUAAAAUGGUUAGCCUCUUAUAAAAACAUGAUGGCAAAAAAAGGAAACAUGACAGAGACCGAUCUCCCAUCAAAUAUGAUCAACUUGGAGGCCGAAGAGCGCCCAAAAGCUGGUCGUGAUAAGGCUAAGGCUGAACGUGCUGGUAAAGGAAAGUCGGGAGGGAUCUCGCAAGAGCUUGGAGAAAGGCUAGACAAGUUCAUCGAGGUUAACAAUCGAUCGAAGGAGGAGCGCCAAAAGGUGAUAGACAGCCAGGUUCUUUUAUCAAAUCAACAGCUUGAAACCGCAAAGAUCAACAGCUUGAAGCAUAUUAGAAAUUGGCUCGGUCAGUUUGUUGUGUAAACCUGAUGGAUCGUUUAUCACUUUUGUUGUCCGGUCAGUUUAUUGUGUGCACCGAUCAGCUACUCUAAAAUUGAUGUGAACGUGAUGGUUUGCUGUUAGCUUUUGGACUGAUCAGCUACUACUAUUGUCAGUUACCUUUUAUGAAUCAUCGGUGAAGCUACUCUAAUUGAUGGACCGAUCA